GGAAAAGAAAGGUAAAAACAUGGCGGCCCACAGUCAAAUGUCACAUUAUUUCGUGUGCUGAAAACAAACAGCGAAUAACAUCUGUGUUUUGAAGUAUCUGGCGCUUAAACAAGUUGACACGGCUGCGGGGAUUUUAACUUGACUUCGUCGGAGGAUAAUCGAGUAUACAAGAUGGUCCAUUUAUCGUCACUCCUCCUAAAGAAGUACCAUGGAGGUUAUGUUGUCAUCCGACUGGCUCUUGCAGGUCACAAACAGGCGAACAGACCCUUUUAUCGCAUUGUAGCAGCUUUCAAUAAGAGGGCAAGAGAUGGGAAAUACAUUGAGCAGCUGGGUACCUAUGACCCUCUCCCCAAUAUCUACAACGAGAAACUUGUUGGCUUCAACUACGACCGCAUUAAGUACUGGAUUGGUUGUGGCGCACACCCUACAAAAUCUGUGUCCAAGCUUCUAGGGUUGGCAGGAUUUUUCCCUCUCCACCCCAUGACGAUAACGGAAGCAGAGCGUCGUAAAGCUCGAACCGAGUCGACACAAAUGGCAAAGGAAGGUACAGAGGAGGGACAGAUGCAGGCAGAAGUAUGAGAAUAAGAACAGGGGACUGUGUGUGACUUUGGAGAACAAAAGUAUGUCCUGGUUAUUUUCGAAAGUGAACUGAUUGAUUUGUUUCCUGAGUUGGGGGGGGUGUUAGAAGUGACAAGUUAAAGUCAUCAUUGGUGGUAACGGGGACACACACACACACACACACACCAUUGCCUCCUAAAAUGUCUUCAUAUGUUUAAAUGUAGGGUGAUAUUACAGGCGGUUGUUUCUACUUAAUGUUCCGUGUCAUUAAAUUGAAGUAUUUGAAUGCUA